GAGGCGUGGCCUUUGCAGAGUCCCUCCGCGAACGGCGGCUGGCGCGGGCAUCCUGAGACCUAGGCGAAGGCGGCGAGCGGCGUGAGGUGACAAGAAGUUUCCAGUGUCACUGGAGUCUUGUGGAUCUGUGAGAAGACCCAGAGGGCCAACAGCUGUUAUCGUUCAGUUUUAAGAAGCCGUUGAGAGAUCACAGAGGACCGGGAAACUGUGCCUGGGGACUUGGGACAGCGAGCACAGGGAAGAGCCGGGAGCUUGCCUAGGUCCCACGGCAGCUGACCUCCCUCGUGAAGCAGCUCUGCAAGUCCCAGGGCCGAGAUGUCCAGCCCGUUCCUGAAACAGGUCUUCCAAAAGGACAAGACCUUCCGACCCAAGCGCAAGUUCGAGCCAGGCACCCAGCGCUUUGAGCUGCACAAGCGGGCGCAGGCGUCUCUGCAUGCGGGGCUAGACCUCCGACAGGCCGUGCAGCUGCCGCCGGGCGAGGAGCUCAACGACUGGGUGGCGGUGCACGUAGUGGACUUCUUCAACCGCCUCAACCUCAUCUACGGUACAGUGAGCGAUGGCUGCACGGAGCGCUCCUGCCCCAUCAUGUCCGGGGGCCCCAAGUACGAGUACCGCUGGCAGGAUGAGCACCGAUUCCGCAAGCCCACGGCACUGUCUGCCCCGCGCUACAUGGAUCUGCUCAUGGACUGGGUCGAGGUGCAGAUCAACAAUGAGGACAUCUUCCCCACCAAUGUCGGCACCCCAUUCCCCAAGAACUUCCUGCAGGCCGUGCGGAAGAUCAUGUCACGCCUCUUCCGCGUCUUCGUGCACGUCUAUAUCCACCACUUCGAUCGCAUCGCGCAGAUGGGCUCCGAGGCACACGUGAACACCUGCUACAAGCACUUCUACUACUUCGUCACUGAGUUCGGCCUCAUUGACACCAAGGAGCUAGAGCCGCUGAAAGAAAUGACCACUCGGAUGUGCCACUAAGACCCAGCCAGCCUCAGAUACUCACGGGAGGGCACCUUUGAGACUCUGGCAGCUUUGAUCCUCCAGCUGGGUGUCAUGGGGACUUCUUGUCCCUCGCCAGCUGGCUGCACAGGGUCCUCAAAAGCCUAGGACCACGGAUUCCUCCCUUCGUGGCCCCAAGUCACCUCCAAGAGCCUGUGCCUCCUGUCUGCCCAGGUGAAGGCAGGACUUGAACUCUGGGCCCAAGUGUCCUCAAUGACCAGGAAACUGUGUCCGUGAGCACCCUCCUGCCAUGGGAUGCGGUGUCCCUUCCUCUGGUGUCCUGCCCCACUGCUCAGGAGAGAGCCUGGCUCCCAUUCCUUAUCCCAGCCCCUAGCCCAUUUCCAAAGAGGUACUGCUGGACCCCUUGGGACCUUUGUCACCUGGGUGUCCCUCUCUUGCCACGUCUCUUCCUUCAGCUGCCCCAGAAUACUGACCUCACUCCUCCCUCCAAUCUCUAGACUCGGGCACUGAGUCCAGGGUGAUCCUCCUGCCUUCGCCAUGACUUGAAGCCAUCUUCCUGUGUCAGUGAGAGACUUAAUUUGUGGACAGCCUCAUUUACAAGCAUCUUGACAUGUUCUUAAAGGUGCUUCAAAACGGGUCCUAGUGGGGCCAGGGAGAUGGCUCAGUAGAAUAUGCGCACAAAGGCCUGAGUUCAAUCCCUGGUUCCA